AUGGAUAAAGAAACUGGAUUUACGGAUCUAUUCUUGGAGACGAGUGAGUGGGAUGGUAGCGAUAGUGUUGAUCGUACGAAUGGUAAUGAAAGUAAAAAUGAUGAUAAUAGCAGCGACAAUGAAUCCUGGUCAUCGUACGAUAAUUUACCUGAGGAGGAUUUUCAAAAGAAGGAGGAGGGUGCUUGUAGUGAAAACGCUAACUUCGAUGGUUGGAGUGGCGAUGAUGGCUAUGAGCAUGAGGAUGGAGCUAAUAUGGACAUUGAGGAGGCUGAAAUCCAGCAACGUGCGCUGGAGACACAGUUGAAGGUUAUGGGUAUGACAUUUGCAUCACAAUGGGAGGCUUACAUGUUCUAUAAUAACUACGCCAAAGACCGUGGAUUCAGUAUCAGAAAAGAUAAGGUGAAACGAGGAAAAGGUCCUUCAACCACUAUUCGGUAUAGGCGGUACGUUUGCUCGAGGGCAGGAAAACGUCUCAGUAAAUUUUUAAACCCGGAGGGCCGUACCCGCAGGCUAAGACCUGAGACUCGUUGCGAGUGUGGCGCACAUUUAGUUGUGAAGUUGGACAAAGGACAUGGAGUUUGGUUCGUGGUAGCUUUUAUGGAUGAUCACAACCAUUUGUUGGCUAGAGCAGAUGAGGUGGUAUUUCUACGGUCACAUCGAGUGAUGGGAGAUCACCAGAUAGCUGAGAUCUUGGUGAUGGAAGGAGCUGGGAUCAGAAAGCAUAUCAUCAUCGACAACUUCAUUAGCAGGUAUGGCUCGUAUGAUAAGUGCGGGUUUCUGAGACGAGAUGUCUACAAUCUAUGUUGCCGAGAAAAAAUGAAGUUGAUUGCGAAGGGUGAUGCUAACACGGCAAUCGGGAUUAUGAGGAGCAGAAAGGAGAAGGAUCCAGACUUUUUCUUUGAGUACGUGCUCGAUAAGGAGGGUCGUUUGAAGAGCAUGUUCUGGUGCGAUGCACAGUCACGGCGGGACUAUCAGUUGUAUGGAGAUGUGACUGUGUUUGACAGCACGUAUAAGAUGAACAGAUAUGGUAUGUCGUUCAUACCCUUUGUUGGUGUAAAUAAUCACCAUUGCACCACAGUGUUUGGUUGUGCCAUUGUGUCCGACGAGACCGAAGCGACGUACGUGUGGCUGCUCCAGACAUUCCUGAAGGCCAAUUGUCAGAAGAAGCCAAGGUCAAUCAUCACAGAUGGAGACGCUGCAAUGAUACGAGCUAUUCGGUUGGUUUUGGUUGAUGUGUUGCACCGUCUCUGCUCAUGGCACAUGGAAAAAAAUAUGCAGGAGCACCUUAAUUACAAAUCGCUAAAUGAGUUCAGGGCACUCUUGUACUACUCCACCUCUCCGGCCAACUUUGGGGCGAGAUGGCACGCUUUUGUCCGUAAAUGGAAGGCUGAUAAAACAGAAGAGUGGUUGUGUAGGAUGUACAGGAAGAGGAGUCUGUGGGCAGCAUCAUAUGUGUCAGAUGGUUUUUUAUGGGUGUGCGCAGUAAUCAGAAGAGUGAAAGCCUUAACUCUUGUCUUCACCUUCACCUGGACGGCGGUAUGA